UCUGACCUCAACCCACACACGUUCUCCACGGAAGUAUGUUGUACGCAUGCGCUAAGCUAAACGGGGAAAUACGGAUCUUGAGAAAGUGAAUAAGAACUGGCAAUGUCAGCAUGUGUGCGCCAUUUAAAUGGAGUUGGGAACCUGUGAAAAGGCGGCUUCCCCCGUGUCACCCCCUGUUUGAGGAAGGUGACUUAGUGUGCUCUCUGCAGGCUAAACUGAUCCCUGUUAAUGGAGAGGGAGAGGAGGAAGACAGCAUUGAAGAUGGCAGCAAUACAAUGAUACCAUGCAAUAUUGCAGGCUGCACCAGAUGCUUUCAAACCAUUGGAAGUUACGAGGCUCACUACAAGGACUUCCACACCCAUGUGUGCAGUGAAUGCAAGAGGCGAUUUCCCACCAAUCACCUGCUAGAGGUACACAUACUAGAGUGGCAUGAUACCAUGUUCCACUUACUAGCCAGGCACAAGAACAUGUACCAGUGUCUUGUUGAGGCCUGUGCUGACAAAUUCCCAGAUGCGAAAUCCCGCAAGGAUCACAUGAUCAAGCAGCAUCACUAUCCAGCCAGUUAUAGAUGGGACAGACAGAAAAAACCUAAACCCAAGAAAGAGGCCUCAGAGGACAGCUGUAAGAUGGACAUCAGUGACCCCACUGAAACCAAGCAGAGCUUAAAGUGUACAGACAUAGGUGGUCAGCAGCAGGACAUGGACAAUGGUCUGCAGGCACAGGGGGGUGCCUCAGGGAGCACUGGGGCCACAGAGGGUACUGGUCAGCAACAGCAGGAAAUGGACGUGUUUCAGGGAGGGGACACUGGGGGUGGAGGCCAACAAAGAAGAUUUGUUUACAGUGUUCCUCCAACAAUUUGUUUUGGCGCUGGUGCUGCUCGUGGCUUCAGUAGACAUGGCUAUCCAAACAAGGGCAAGAAGAAAAAAUCCAAACAAAGGCACUGGCACCAGACACAACCAGAACAUUUAUCAACAACUGUCAAAAUAGAGGACAUUCAGAUGAAUGAUUUGGAAAAAGCACUGGAUGAUAAAACAUGAGGAAAAGAAUUAUUGAUCCAUUCCCUGUUGAACUGUUGUUGGUCAAUAUCCUCAUUGUUUCAGUGAUAAGAUUUUUGUGCUUAGCAGCAAAGUGGAUUUUUUUCCUGGUGCUUAUCAGAAGUUGAGAACACUUAAAUUCUUUAUGUGCCAAGGAAAAGCUUUUAAAAUGAUAUUGCAAUUUCUAUUUGUAGAAGAAAUGUAUGUGUGUGAUAAAGGCACUUUAAUUAUGCACAAAAAGCUUGAAGUCACAACCCUUAGUCAUCUGAAGUCUUUUGUAAGUCCUGUCCAAACCACGGUGAUUCUCUUGAUGAAGUUCCAAUUGCAAACUUUUCAGUGAGGAUCUAAUGACUGGCAUAUUUACAAAUGAAAGCAUUUCAGACUUCGUGUGACAUACAAUUUACUGAUAUAGCACGCAAAAAUUCAAUUUUAAUGUGAAUUCCCGUUUAAGUGAGUAGCAUAAAGGAAGGAGUACAGUUGCAAAAUAAAGCCUCUCCACAAGUUUAAAAUGUGAAUACUACUUUGUGCGAGUGACCAACUUACAGCUUUUUAUUCAAUUAUUUGUCCAGUCUGGCUAUUUAUCCUGUAACAGUCGUGCCUAGUGAUUGUAAACCGAGUUUAUGAAGAUUGUCAGACAUCCAGGAAAGAGCA